UAAGCGGUGUUCUUUUUAUACAAAGUCAGCUUAUUGCCCCCACAAUCCGGGUCCUCAUUUUACCUACCUUGGAAGGAUGGAAGGCCGAGUCAACCUUGAGCCUGGUGAGAUUUGAACUUGCAGUAAUUGCAGGCAGCUGGCAGCUAAGUGCUACUUAACAGCACUUUAAUCUGCUGCGCUAUCAAGGCAGCGUUUUAAGUAAAAACAGAAAAAGAUUAAAGAUAAAGGUAUAUUCAUUUAAAAUAUGUAAAUAGUUGGAGGACAUUUCCUGGUGCACUGGAAAAAAACUUCAAAGUAGCAUCCUAAUUCUAAUCAGUUUGCUUAUUAAAACAUAAUUUUUCAUCUCCUGCUAAAGUUUUAUAAAAAUCCAGUUUAAACGUGGAAAGGAUGUCUCUUCUUUUUCCAGAUUAUUUUUUGAUGGAGAUUAUGUUUCUGUACAUUCACACACCCACACACAUUAUUAACCCACACACAUGCGCAUAUUAUUAAACCCAAUUUUUUGUAUUUUGUUACAAUUUCUGUAUGCUAGCAGGCCCAAAUUUUUCCCUUAUUACAAAAAGGGAAGGAUUGCAGGGAAAAGUUUUGUUUAGAAAUAUAUAACAAAUAAACCAUGUUCCGUAGUUCUGUUAUGUCAUAUGAGCAUAAGGCAAGAGAAAGACAUGCAGUUAAAGCAAACAUUUAACCAUACUAAUGAAUGCUAGGUUGCUCACUUCUUCCUUUGUUCAGUCAGUCACUAUGAACAGUGAACUAUGAACAUUAUAAAAAUCUUGGUAGAGGUUUCUUCGGAAAUGUAAUAUACCUGGCUUUUUCCAUUAAUUCAAUAUACGUUAGUUCUGCAAGAUUCAUGUUAUCUUCCUUUUAUUCUGCCCCAUGGCUCCCAUUUGUUACUGUUCUUCCUGCUAUUUCAUGUGUUAUUUACUGGUUCAUCUGUAAAGAAGAGAUAGUAUUAUUUGCACCUGCUGAAUGUUCCCAGUUACAUCAUACAUUUGUUCUGGCUCUUCAGAGAUUUUUGUAAGGACCGAUGCAAUAAAAUGUACAGUAGUACUUAAAAGUUUUUGAAUCCUUUUGCAUUUUUAUAUAUUCCUCAUAUUUCAAUAUUUCUGAUCCUCUACAGUGAGGGAUCUACUAGUUUCAUCAAUUCUGAAAAGUCAAUGGGGAAGCCAGAUUCACUUUACAACCAUGUUAGUAACUUAACAAUUGCAGUGUUUCACUUUAACUACUGUGGCAAAAUGGAGCAAAAUUAACAACUUGCUUGUCUUGCUUAGUGAUGGAAAUUUGGGGCUCAAUUGUCCUAAGUCAAGGAUUAUCUAUAUUUCAUUAAAAAGUAUAUGGCAGUAAAGUGUUUUAUGGGCAUGUUUAAUAUUACUGUGGAUUUAAAUCUCUCUCAAGGAACAUGUACAUUCAAUUUUAGCAACUGCACCAGGCACUUGACUAUGCUCAUAAUAGAUAUUACUAUGCCAGGAAUUACAUGCCAUGUAUUAUAUUAUACUAUGCCAUGUUUUGUAUGAACAUUUGGUUCAUGUUCAAGGCCACUGAUUAAAAUGUUAUGGCACUAAAUUCUUCACAGCUGUGGUAAAAACUCCAUUUUUGCAGCAAUCCCAAUGGAAGGGUCUUUUGCAUAUCCACACGCACGCACGCACAGCCAAGUUUGAGAAGUUCUUCAUACAAGACCUAGCUUUUAAGUCAGAAAUACAGUAAUUUUUUUUUAUUUUACUCUGGAAUUUCACAUUUCGUAUAUUAAUUGGCCACGAGAACAACAACCUGGCAUAUUCACAUUUGUUUUCUUAGUAAUUAUAGAUAUUAGUAACUCCCACAAAACACUACAUUUAUCUGGUUUGGGUUUGGAAUUUUGUGGUUUAUGAAUCAUAAUUUAUGGCCUAGGCAUUUUAGGUAAAAAGAACAAAUUGUGCUUUGUUCAAUAAACUGUGAUUAAAUUAUGAUUUAUCAUGUAUAUUUUACCUGUAACACACUCUUUAUAACAUACACACUUUUUCUUGUUUUUUUGAAUCCCAUGCUACCCAUCAGGAAAUGGCAACAGAAUGUUCUUCUCCUUUGCCAGAAAUCUCAGUCAGGUAAGCGCAGAGCACUGAAGCUGAAUUUUGCAAACCCACCUUUCAAAUCCACUGCACGAUUUACUUUGAACCCUGGAGUUCCUUUUCAGAAUCCACACAUUGAUACUCAAGCAACAAUGGGUAGUAAUCACAUUGCCCCCUUCACCUUCAAAAGGAGAGAGGCGGAGAUGAUCGUGAAACUUUCCAGCAGGCUACAAGAGAGACUGAGAACACACAGCAUUGAAUCAUCAGGAAAAUUGAAGAUUUCCCCUGAACAACAUUGGGAUUUUACUGCAGAGGACUUGAAAGACCUUGGAGAAAUUGGACGAGGCGCUUAUGGUUCUGUCAACAAAAUGGUCCACAAACCAAGUGGGCAAAUUAUGGCUGUUAAAAGAAUUCGGUCAACAGUGGAUGAAAAGGAACAGAAACAGCUUUUAAUGGAUCUGGAUGUAGUAAUGAGAAGUAGUGACUGCCCGUAUAUUGUUCAGUUUUAUGGAGCACUCUUCAGAGAGGGUGACUGUUGGAUCUGUAUGGAGCUCAUGUCUACCUCGUUUGAUAAAUUUUACAAAUAUGUAUAUAGUGUAUUAGAUGAUGUUAUUCCGGAAGAAAUUCUAGGCAAAAUCACUUUAGCUACUGUGAAAGCAUUAAACCACUUAAAAGAAAACUUGAAAAUCAUUCACAGAGAUAUAAAACCUUCCAAUAUUCUUCUGGAUAGAAAUGGAAAUAUUAAACUCUGUGAUUUUGGCAUUAGUGGACAACUUGUAGACUCCAUUGCCAAAACCAGAGAUGCUGGAUGCCGGCCAUAUAUGGCACCAGAGAGGAUAGACCCCAGUGCAUCUAGGCAAGGAUAUGAUGUCCGUUCUGAUGUCUGGAGCUUAGGGAUUACAUUGUAUGAGUUAGCCACAGGACGGUUUCCUUAUCCUAAAUGGAAUAGUGUAUUUGAUCAGCUGACACAAGUGGUCAAAGGAGACCCACCACAACUGAGCAACUCAGAGGAACGGGAGUUCUCCCAAAGUUUUAUCAACUUUGUCAACUUGUGCCUUACAAAGGAUGAAUCCAAAAGGCCAAAGUAUAAGGAGCUUCUGAAACAUCCCUUCAUUCUAAUGUAUGAGGAACGAACAGUGGAUGUUGCAUGCUAUGUUUGUAAAAUCCUGGAUCAAAUGCCAACAACUCCCAGCUCACCAAUGUAUGUUGAUUGAUACUGCUGCUAUAUCAAAACUCUAGUGCAAGUGCUGAGAGAAAGCAAGAUGUACAGAAUCUUCACCCCAUAUUGCAGUGUUUUAAUGCUCGCCCAGACACCAUGUGCAAUAAUGUUGGUGUUUCUCCUCCAUUCUGUCUGUAUAUCAUUGUCACUUACCAAGUGCAUCCAUGUAAUACCCGAACUCACAGUGUUAGUGUCAAAUCAAAGAGAGACUUUGCUUUGCUCUUUUUGUGGACAUAUACAUAAAAUGUGGAAAUAAGUAACAUUUUAUUUGUUGAUCAUGAUUGGAUAGCACCUAAAAGUUAAGUUCUAAACUCAGAAACUUCUCAGCAGCGACUGGAGGGAUUUUAUUCUCAAAUUCUUCCAACUGCUACAAAUAAUUUAAAGGAAAGGAAGUUAGUUGUUGGUCUGUCUGAUUCGAAACAUAAAAAAAUAAUAAUACUGCCUGGGAGACAGUAACUUGUGCAGCCAAAUGGAGCUACUUUUACCUUCUGGAGCUAGCAAAGGCAAACGGGGGAUAAUAUAUAAAUAUAUAUAUAUAAAUAUAUUUUUCUUCACAAAGUGCAAUAGAUUGAGUUGAAAUUCUGUUGCUUUUCAGCCACAGUGUAUAUUUUUUAAAACAGUGUGGCUCAGCAGAACUUCAUAAUGUUGGGGGAGGAAAGAGUGAUCAUGUAAAAUGGAUUAUUUCUUUACCAAAAAACAUUCAGUGUGUUGAAAGAGCUAACAAUUCAACUUAUAAGAGAGGAAGAAUAAUGUAUUCUUUCACUUUCCAUGGAAACCAGUCUUCAGCAGAAUUAGGUAUCCUACAAACUGUUAACCAAUGACAUAAAAUUUUGAACUGAGGAAUUAUUAAACUAUUCAGUGGAAUUUAACUGGCUUGUGACCCCUGAUUUCUAACUGUAACCUGGUGAUUAGCUGGCUAACUUUCACAUUUGGAAAGGACACUGGAUGACCUGCAGUUGUGAAUAGCUGUAUUUACCUUAUUAAAGAACUCCAGGUGUGAUUUGGAUCUCUGCUUCCUGUCUGAUAUCCAGUAUCAAAGAAGAUAAGCUUCCUUCCUCCUUUUCAGUUAGGUAACCUGUACUUCCAAAAUCACAGCAAAAUGGUGCUAAUUAAUUUGAUGUAUUUUUGGAUGAUGAAUUCAAUUUCCACUGAACUAUUCUGAAAAUGGAAUUCAGUUUUUAUGAUGGCUUAUUGAUAUAUAUUAUGGAGAAAAUUGCUGAGCCAACACCAAUCUGAUGGCACAUAGUCAAUAUUGAUAAUAUAAGAGAAUGUGUUAAAUUCUUCAAAGGACAGAAUACAGAACAAGGAAUUUUAAUAUUGUCAAUCCAAGAAAAAAAGCCAUAUAAAAUUAAAAUGGUAUUAAUUUUUUCUGCUAUAUUUGAUGAAAUACUCAUUUCUAACUGACAGCGGAAAAGAAGUGACCCUUGUAAGACACAACACAACGGAAACAAGAUCUUAUUGCUGUAGCCACUUAACUCUUAUAUUUCUAGUUUACCAACUGGUUAAUAAACUUUCAAGAGGAAAAACAAACAGUCUAAACAGGAACCUUUGCCCAUGCAAGAACAUAUGGAAUAACAAAUGAGAUAUUGUUUGAAUCGAAUUUGGCCUUUAAUAAUGCAAUAAUUCUUCUUUUUAGUCCUUUCAGGCAAAAGAAGUACAGAGCCUCCCAGCCUUACAUAUCAGUUUUCUGUUGGCUCUUCCUUGUCUUCGCCAAAAAAGAAAAAAUAAUAGUUAUAGAGACCCAUUUCCCGAUUCUAUUAUUUGUUUAUAUAAGCAGAAUAUUUCCAUGCAGUUGAUCAGAAAAUGGAGGUAGCUUCCAACACAGGCUCAGUGCGAUGGAAGUUCUAGCAUAUUAAUCAUAGAUUGUUAUAAUAUACUAUUAAGGGUGCAGCAUUUAUAUUACAGUGUAUGUUUAUAAAGAUGUAUAGUGUUCAGAAGCUGUGAAAAUAGUGUAAGAACUGUACAUUGUGAGCUCUGGUUAUUUUUUUUUCUUCUUGUACUAUAGCAAAAAAUGUAUAAAAGUUUAUUGAUAAGCUGAUGUGCAGGGAUAUUGCCUAAUCGUCUGUAAGUAAAAUGGAGUUUCACAACAUGAUGGCUUUUAAGAGCUUCCAACUAUUUUAUCUUUUCCUGAAUUGACUUCCUGUUCUAUUUAAGAUAUUCUUCAUGGAAUCAAAGUGUUUAAUGUAAUAGUUCUAUUUUUUUUCGCCUGCAGGUCAGUUGUAAUAAAUCAAGGAUACAACGUA